AUGGUUUCGGACAAAUAUGUAGGGCUGGCGCUUGCCAUCCUGUCGACGAUGGCAAUCGGUACUAGUUUUGUUAUCACGAAAAAAGUACGCCCGUUGUUUUCGCCAGUUUCCAUCACAUUAUUGCUAAUUGUGGGGGAGGUUGCUAAUUUCGCCGCCUAUGCCUUUGCGCCGGCCAUUCUUGUGACACCGUUGGGUGCCCUGAGUGUACUGAUUGGUGCCGUCCUUGGAUCUUACUUUCUCCAUGAAAGGCUAGGAAUACUUGGAAAGCUUGGGUGUGCCCUGUCUCUUCUUGGAUCUGUUAUCAUCGUUCUUCAUGCCCCGCCAGAUGAAGAAAUAGAGACUGUCGAUGAGAUUUUGGCCUAUGCUAUUCAGCCUGGUUUUCUGCUUUACUGCGUUGCUGUCGCGAUAUUCUCCACAGUCAUGAUAUAUCGAGUGGCGCCGUUGCACGGAAAGAAGAACCCGAUGAUUUACAUAUCUAUUUGCUCGACAGUCGGGUCCGUGUCUGUUAUGGCAGUUAAAGCCUUUGGCAUUGCGUUAAAACUCACUUUAGCCGGGAGUAACCAGUUCACGCAUCCCUCGACAUAUGCUUUCGCCAUUGUUGUCGUGUGUUGUAUUCUCACGCAGAUGAAUUAUUUCAACAAGGCUUUGAGCCAGUUUUCUACUUCGAUCGUUAACCCUCUAUAUUAUGUUACUUUUACAACCGCCACUCUUUGCGCGUCCUUUAUUCUCUUCCAUGGCUUCAACACCACUGAUAGUGUCAACACUAUCUCACUUCUAUGUGGUUUCCUAAUCAUAUUUGCUGGAGUGUACCUUCUGAACUUAUCUCGAACCGAUCCAGACGCUCAUUCGAUGAUCAACGGGAAGUCCGAUGAUGAGGCUGGUGUACCAACAGACGGAAUAGCCAGUUUACAAACUCGUCGAUCACUCCAAAAUCGAAGAAGCAUGGAUCACCGUCGAAGCUCGUCAAGUAUUGCGUAUUUCCAAGGCCCAAGUGACCGCGAAGGGUUAAUGCGAUCUUAUGAUGUGGAGGCUGGUGCAUUUGGUCUCACAGACUUGACGGAAGAGAGUGAUGACGGUGAGAGGCGCAGCACGUCACGGAAAGGGAGCGAAUAUGUCGAACGCCAACAUGUCUCCCCCAAAAGUGGUGAACCAUGA